GGAAGUGUGAACCAUUGAACGGUGUGCACCUUGACGCCGGCAGAGCGCUUUAGCGGGAGAGUGGAGGGGAGCUGGGGCAGGUAAAGGUGUGUGUCUGUUUAUGAAUGUGGGGGGAGACAGGGGGUGACGGCGUGAAGAAGAGAAGGAGAGGGGUAAAAGGAGGACGACGAAGCGGAUGAGAAGAGGAAGAGCUGGAAGAAAGGAAGGAAAAAGGAGAGAAGGGAUGAUGUCUGAGCGGAUAGCUUCGUGUGGGAGCCUGUAUGACAGCAGCAACCUGCUGCUACAGUACUGCAACAACAACGGUGAGCAGCAGCUACACACUCACCUCAGAUGACACCACAGAAAAAAGAAAAAAACACACUGGGUUUUAUGAGAGAAGGCGAAAUUUCCUGAAAUUAGAAAUGUGACAUGAACUGAUGUUUUCAAUCACAUCCAUCGAUUAGACCGGUAUAAUUCCCGGAUACUCGUGUUUUGUGGCUGCGCAAACGAGCUUGACUGGAUGAAUUAUAGAUGAAUGGCAUAAAUGUACUAAAGGUUUAUGUUAGAUACGGUUUCAAGGCCACUCCUGGGCUUGUUGUGAUCAUUUUUUAGAUUAUUUUAUUUUUUAUUAGGGAGAAACAUACAAAAUUAGUCAAAUCACAAUUGCACAUUUGUGCAAACAAGCAUGCCCAAUUAGACUAACAUAUUCUCCAGUCUAUUACCCUCCCUUUCAUUUUCCACAAGAUCUACCAAUAUCAGUUUUCUGUUGUCGUAGUAGUUUAAUAGUCUGAGGUAUUUAGAGCAGUUCAGGUCUCAGUGCUCUUGUAUAUCUGAUCUAUUUCCACCAACGUCUCUUAAAUGUCUCUGACUGUCAUCUCAGAGCGAAUGUUAGUCUCUCCAUAAUGUAAAUUUCCUGGACAGUUCCUUGUCUUCCGGUGUCGCUGAGUUGGGUUGUAACCACUCCCUUGUUAUAGUUGUUGUGUUCAUUUUUAUAUUGCUCAAUUGUUAAAUUUGUGGAGUCCUAUUCUGAUAGUACAUUUUCAGUGAAUAAUAAUAAACAUAGAUGGACCAACAGUUGGAGAAGAUACCUGUUUUCCUGUUCUUUUGCAGGUUUAGUGUGCAGUCUUAAGCCUUGUCCAAAGUUGUAUGUAGGGCUGCAGUCCCAAAUUUAUCAAAAAAGCAUCUGCAACAAACACAUCACCAAAGGUUCACUUAAUCACAAUCAAAUUUAAUUAUUUAAAAUUUGCAGUCUUAUUGGAAUGGUUGUUGCCCCCUAAUUGGAAAAAAUGUGAUAAUCAAGACUUACUAAGAUUGAGGGUGUACGACAUACAGUAGCCCCCCUUAUGUCCAAUACACUGAAUAAAUAAUCACCAUAUUAAUCAUUUUUCAGACGCGGUAGUUCUUCUGCCUUAGUGUCUCUGUCUGAUUGUAUUUCCAUGAAGAAAUGAUCAUAAAUGUUCUUCCUUGAGCUGCGUCACCCCGCUGUAGUCCCUAAUGGACUGGCCUGAGGUCUCACUACAAACAAACGUCUGUUGAUGAAGUUAGGUGCUGUUCUGAGCAUUAUUUGUGGCUAUAGAGUGGCGUUUUGGUUGAGCACUCUGUGUAUUGCUAUCUGCGGUCGUUACUAAAGUUGGUAUAACUAGAGAAGCAAGCGGUCGGAGCAACAUUUAUCUCAAGAGGGGGGGUCUAACUCUGUGUUACAGUGUGUUUGACCCUAAAUUAAUUUUAUGCCGGAAUAUCCCUUUAAUGGAGAACCACUGAAUCUUUGAGAUGUUGUGAAACAGAGAGAGGAGAGCAGGGAGAGGAGCAGGAGGAGGCAGGCGUGUGUUGAUACCAAUAAUUCAUUAUUUAAACUAUUAUCUGCAGAUAACAACAUGAUGUUGUUAUCAUAGUGCACCCCUAGUUAUUGCAGUCUCACGUUUUUAUAUUGUGUAUGUCUAAAACACUGUCUGACUGAGAGGAUGCCGUUUGUCAUCAGGAAACAGAGUCUUGUUUUAUGGUGGCAGUGUUGCAGCGUUAAUAUUUCUUUAUUUGAAUACAUGAUGUCGUCUCUCUGCUGACUGAUGUCUGUAUCCGUCACACCCUACUUUACAAAUUGGAUGCAAAUAUCUCUGCGGGUCAGAUCAUAUCUGAGGGGACAAUGAGGGACUGUGUCUCUGGUGUUUCACCCGGUGGCUCUAAACCACUAAAAUAAUUAUCUUAACCAGUUAAAUACAUGUGAAGUGAUGUUGUUGUCCAGGAGUUAGCUGUGCGGGGAUCGGCUCGUUGUCCCUGCGGUCUACUAAACUUCACAGACGGCCAUAUUGAGCAGCAGGUGCAGAGACAGCAAGGGGUCAUGGGUAAUGAUCAGAGCUGUGGUGUUUGUUUUCCAGGAUGUAACAUGUGCCUCUUAAACCCAUUUGUGGUCCAAGAGCUCCUGCAGCUCCUUCAGAUAAAGUGAAAGAAGAGCCAACAGACUCUGCUCGAAUUUGACCGAAAAAGGAGAAAAUACAGGAGAAAACGUCAGCUGCAGGUAGUUUAGAGAGUGACAGAUGGUCCUGUGGUGAGGGGUCAGCUGUUGACCUGCUGUCACUUCUUGUUUAAUGUGGAGGUUCUUGUUCAACCUUAAAUUAACUAAGACUCCAUGUUUAAACUGGAGACUUUACAGAUGUAUUUAUGACCUCUAAAUCCUCUCCUAGAGAUAGAAAGUCUGAUUAAUAUGGUAAAAGAGGUUGUGUUAUAUGUUUUUGCACAUUAAUUCAGUAUUUUUCCUCUUUUAUGCAGAGCUAAAUUCACUCCAAUCUUAAUUUUCUGCAGAAAAACUGAAAACAUUCACAUAAAAACUCGAAUUAUUGUAAGUUUUGACACUGAGAUCUUUCUCUGAGUCGAUAUUUCAGUCGUUCUUCCUCCUCUUCUUUGUCUCUGUCAGUGUUCCCCGUCUGCUCUCUGUCUGUAACCAGAGACCCUCCAUACUGUGAUCAUUAGCGCCGACCUCCUCAGACACCUGCUCACGUCUCCAGCCGAACACACCUCGCCUCGCUCCUGUCGGUGUUAUCUGAUGUGGUGUGGGUGGAGAUCGUCAAAUAAUCGCUCAGUUAUGGGUUUACCGUAAUGAUCCUGCAGAGGUGCACUGAAAUCAUCUGUAAAUAGUAAAGUUAUAUUUCCAGCAGAAGUCAGAGCCUCUUUAAAGGGAUAUUACCCUGUUUCUCCAGCUCUGAAAGGCUCGCCCCGUUAAGUCCAGAGAGAGACGGACGUUUCUAAGAGGUUAUUAAAGGCCUGAUUUCUGUGAUUAAAAACACACGCAGCUCUUUACAGAAUCUGCUCGUCUCUGGGGAAAGUUCCUGCAGCUUAAGCUAAUACUCUUGUAAUCACUUAAAGGACUUCAAUCUGCUGCAUGUUUUAGUUGAACACCAGCAGCCCCAGAUGGCAGAGGGGGGGAAACACAUUAUUAAACCUCUGUGAGCAUCACUCAGACCUGCUCUCUGCUCCUGCAGGUUUCAGCCUCCGUCCCUCUCUGCAGUUUUGGAUUUCACUCUCAGAUUUAAUGCAAUCAGCAGCAGCAGCGGGCGGAGGAAGAGGAGGAUGAGGAGGAGCUCUCCUACUCAUGCUCACAUUCAGAAUUUAAUUUGGGUGGAGAGGAUGAGAUGUUCCUGUGAGGGUGCGUUAUGCAUGGUGGCAUAUCUGCAGUCUGGACGGUCCGGUCCGUGUGUUCAGGAGCCUCUCAGAGGUGCAGAGUACACUUUGUUCUUUUAGAUGGAGUUGACGGGGGCAGCCUCAGUCCUGACAGAUCCAGAGUUUCUGCACACAGCGCUCUGCAGGGCUGAGGACAGACUGUUUGCUUUGAUGAAAAGAGGAACACUUGGCAUCUGAGAGAGAGGGAGGAAAUAUUUGCUUUUAUCGGGUCAAUUUUAAAGGAGAGAGAGAGAGAAAAGUCUGUCUCUAUUUAUCAGUCUGUACUUUUAUAAAUCACCUCCUAAGAGACAGAGAAAGACGUUCCUCAUCCUCACCUUUCCAACAUCCCCGUUCUCAUCUUUGAGCAGAUCCCAGUCCUCGUCCCUGUCCUUCAGAGAAGGACAGAGAAGAUCAGACUUCAUCCUGAUCAGUUUUUGGGAGGACUGAUAGUUCAUCCUCGUCUCUGCUGGUACAAGACUCACCUUUUUGAAACAGGUGAUGACCUGCUGAAGAGCAAACAUGACGGAGAUCAGGACCUCUUUUCUGUCCCGGUCAACUAAAUGUGAUUAGAGUCAAAAACCGGGUUCCUGACUGUGUCCACUUUAAGACCCUGAAUACAACAUGAUCAGGUUUUAUAUAUAUAUAAAUUUAUAUGUGUAUAUAUACUGUAGGGCUGUGCGACAUGGGAAAAAGUUUAUCAUGAUAUAUUUUUUUCAUAUCAGUCGAUUUAUAUCAGUCAUAUCACAACAUUAAAAAAUCACUUGUCAAUCUUAAAUGUUUCCUGUUACUCUAAGUCUGCGUUCACACUGCAGGUUCUGAUGCACAAUUCAGAUUUUUUGUUAAAUCCGAUCUUUUUGUGCGGUCGCUCACAUUACAACAACAAAUGCAACAUCUAAUGUUAAUGGAACGCGUCCGUGAAGUGACCCGCAUGCGAACAAAGCACAAAUUGCUCUCCGCGCCUGUUUGUGUUGUUGAACAAUGGUGACGUUUGUCGCAUAUUGAUGACGUAUAGGUCGGAUGAACGCGUAAAUCAGAAUUGACCUGCUUCAUGUCCGACCUCCAAAAACCAAAAUACCUCCACACCACCGACGUUUUCCUAACGCCAGUGUUGUGGUUGACAUUGAUGUGGUCAUCUGUUGAGCCUUCAUGGUCAUUUCUGUCGGGGGUAGCACUCAUUUUCUUUGUUUCUCACCAAUAGUGCUGUCGGCUUCACCUGUUAAAGUGCUAUGGUUGGGUGGAGCUGCUGUCUGCUACGACGCUGCAGUUGGUUGAUACUUGGUUCUAAUUCAGAACAUGAUUGGUUCAGACCCGGAGAAACUCAUGACGGAAUACCGACUAUCAAAAAUCAUAUUGACCAUGUUUUAUAUCGAUAUAGAGGGAAAUUAAUUUUUGAUGUAAAUCGUUAUCGUUUUAUCGCCCAGCCCUAAUAUACAGUAUAUAUUCACAGUAUGUGAUUCAGACCUUUGAGGUGUAAAUUUGUGUUUAUAAAUCUGCAGAAAUUCACUUUAAAAAAAGAAACAAAUUCACUGAUAUUUAGAGACAUGGUUUUAUUACGGCCUUUAGAACCAGACCUGAACCAGAACCAGGACCAGGACCACUCUGCUGGAAAAGGGUUCGAGUGCUCACCUCACUUCUACACAGCGCUGAUCGUAAAAUAUUGAUUAGUUUAAUAAUCUUCAUAAUGAAAAAGUUAAUCUGACUGUUACUGUUAUCUUAGUGUGAAAGCAGCAGAGUCACAUGCGCUGUGUCACUUUACUGUGUGUGUGUGUGUGUGUGUGUGUGUGUGUGUGUGUGUGUGUGUGUGUGUGUGUGUGUGUGUGUGUGUGUGUGUGUGUGUGUGUGUGUGUCAUUGAUCCUGGAGUCAGGCUCUGCAGCAUCUCUCCCUGGUGGUGCCUGGCUGUUCAGAAACUGAUGUUGGUGCAGUCUGUGUGUGUGUGUGUGUGUGUGUGUGUGUGUGUGUGUGUUUGGACCUGUGCCAGGCUCCACCCCCUCCGCCUUCAUCCUCUCUGCCUCCAGCUAACGAGACCGGAGGAGGCGAGGAUGGAAGUGAGGGAGGAGGAGGGAUGGUAAAAGGGGGAGGGGAGGAUUGGAGGAAGAGGGAGGGGUUCAGGAAGUGAGGAGGAGAGCGGGGGGCGGGGUUUAGUAGGGGAAGAUGGGAAAUGAGUGUGUGUAGGUGAGUGUGUGUCCGAGAAAGAGAGAGAGAGAGAGAGAGAGAGAGAGGAGGGGGGAGUGAGUGAGUCUGAGUCCAGAGGAGUGAGAGUGAGAGUGGACGACCCGCCUGAGUCUCCGUCUGUGGACUGACUCACUCAGGUUGAUUGACAGGAGGAGGGACCGGGCUCUUGAGGGGGGGGGGCAUGAUGGCAGGUAGGCAAGACGAGCUCCUCCAUCUUCAUCAUCUUCAUCAUCUUCAUCAUCUUCAUCACUGAUUCAUGAAUAUAUUGAAGCAGCCUUAUUGCCCCGCGUCGACCUCCCAGCAUCCAUCUCUCCAUCUAACCCCCCCUCCUGUAUGUCAUCAUCCUUCCCUCUGCCCCCCCCACUCUUCCUCCUUUGUUUCUUCCUCCUUUGUGUCUUCCUCCUCUUCAUCCUCUUCAUCCUCCUUCCUGUUUUUAAUCAGUUUUCUGUUUCCUUCAUCAGCUCUCAGAUCAGCGACGUGUAGAGAGGGAAGUUAGCCUGUGAUCUGUGUGUGUGUGUGUGUGCGUGUGUGUGCGUGUGCGUGCGUGCAUGCAUCCGUGUGUGUGUGUGUGAUAAUUCAAGGGCGAAUUGAAAAGUAGCCGGCGCUGCAGUGUUUUAAACAGGUGUGUACCUGACAGCAGAUGAAGGUGAACCUUGUUGAUCCCUCCAUCUUUGUUUGCUCUCUCUCUCUCUCUCUCUCUCUCUCUCUCUCUCUCUUUUUCUCUUCUUCUUCUUCUUUCUCUUCUAAUAACACUAAAUCUUAACAUAUUUAUCUUUAAGCACACGUCUAUUUCACUUUUGUUUUUUGUACCAUGUCCUUAUUUAUUGUUUUUUAUUAAACGAGGGUCUAAAUGUAGUCCCAUCUCUUAAAGAGUUCCUGCUCUGAGGUCCGAGGACUUUCCUACGGCCCAGGAACUUUGGGAGGCGGAGCCUAAUGAAACGAGCUAAAACUCUGUUUGACUGAGCAGCUGUGUAUCGUCAAACCGUGUCCACCACAUGUGUUUGAUUUCACCGCUGACAGACUCGGGUCGUUAUUACAAGUCCAGAGAACAGAACGGCGAGGGUUCUGACCUUUUUCCUGACCUUCCUCUGGUGCCGGACACGUGACUGAGAGACACCAGAAGACAGUCCGUUUCCAUGACACUCCAGAAAGCCGAAUUAUCGCCUUAUUCCGAUUAAAACCGGACAACUGAAGUGCAUGUAAACACUUCAGUCCGACUAUAAUCAGAGUUUGAGAACUCUGAUUAAGACACCCAGAUAAUACGAUUGGAAUUCGAUUUUCUCUACCGUGUAACCAGCGUAGUCGGAGUAUAAUCGGACAUUGCAUGUGUGCGUGAGCCACGCCCCGUAACCCUGUAACAAAACCCCCAGAGUAGAGGAGUAGCGUUGGUCUCCUCUUUAGAAAAAGUAGCGCGUCCAUCAUGUCGGACAAAAACAACGCUGUACGAUGCUCCAUCUUCUUGUUUCUCCAAAAUGCCCAGCAGCAGUUGUAGACACGCAGCUGAAAAGACCCAUAUCGCCCCCUAGUGUUGGGGAGAAGGACACGUUCACGUCAAUAAUUCGAUGAGUCGGACCUCUUGGUGCCUAAAGCUCCAUGAAGCUUCUGUAGAGGAUGCCGUUUGACGAUGCGCCCGGUCAAACUACGUUUGAGCUCGGUUGGCAGCUGUUCCGCUCUCCCUCAAACCUGGACCAGUUUCAGAAACGGUUCUUCCCUCCAGUCAGGCACAGAAACAGACACAUGAGGAAACCAAAGCUCCUCUUUAAACGGGAAACAUCAGAAACUGGAACAUCAAACUUCAGGGUUUACUAAACGUUCAGAUAGAUGGACGUGAAGAUGUACAAAGAUCAGUCCUCACUGGGAUCAUAAUCAGAGUUCGGUGUAAACCCACACCAUCGCCGUGGUCUCUGGAUGAUAACAGAGUCAUUUCCUCUUUCCUCGUCUCUCUCUGUUUGACUUCAGCGCUGCUCCUCAUGUUCUCAGCCGUCUAGAUAAACAACGUUCGAGCUGUUUCCAGUUAAACAUUAAUCACUCUCCUUCUUCUUCUUCUCCUCCCACCCACAGUCUGUCCUCCUCCUCUUCUUCACUCAGUGACUCUUCAUCAGCUCAGUUUCUCUCUCUCUCUCUGCUCUUCACUCUGUUAUUCUCAGAGUUUUAGGACUUUAUUUAACUGUUACUGAAAUCUGAACACCUUCACCUCCAGACCCUGCUCUGUGAUGUAGAUGUACUUUGAGUGAACCAGGUCCAACAGCUGACUGAGGACCUGGUCCUCUUUUCCAGGGUUCAGUGUCGGGUUUAGAAGAGCAGGACCAGUUCCCUCAGUACUUCGGUUUCAUGUCAGUUUUUGGAGAUUUGUUGAAGUGUUUUUUAUUCAGAGGAACCAGAAUCAGUUCUGGACGUUUAGUGACGGUGACGUCGUCUCUCUUCUUCAUGCAAAUCCUCCCUCCGCUGUUUUCCUGCAUGUAAAUCCUGGUCCUGUUUCCCUGCAGCAGCUUCCUGUCUCAUUUGACUGAAGGAUGUGAUGAUACAGUAACAGUAACAGUUCUGCCUGUGUGUCCGGCUCAGCUUACAGCAAUGCACUGAUGCAUGCUGGGAGAAGUGGAUCAGUUAGUGGCCCUUUAGAAAAACACUGUGAUCUCUCACUGCCGGUUUAGACCAGAACCUGGGUGACGGAGGAAAGGUGCUGACCUGUUUGAUUUUUACUGAUCGUCAUUUUCAGUCGGACUAACACGAAAUCAAAAAUGACGAGGUACAAACAAACAGCACAGAGCUGCAGAUGUUAAGGUUCGAUGGACAUGCAGAUCCAUUUUGCUGAUUGUUUUGACCUGUAAUAGAUGAAGCAGACAGUCGAAGCCGAGGCAGACAUGUUUAUUCUGUCUAUGAUUCGGUUCUUGUAAACCGGGACAAGCUCAGCAGUCCAGUAAAAUCGUCUAACAGAGCUUUAACUGUAUCUUGACUUAAAGGUGAAGUAGACAGGAACCCGUUAAAGAAGCAUCUUUUUAUUUUGUGAUUAUAUAAACAAAAACUCUUUAAAUAUCAGUCAAUAGUUAUUAGUUAUUGAUGACAUUUGGUAAUAUAUCGAUAUCUCUGUGUUCUCUUAUGUCUGUGUCGUCAACAUUUGAACAUUUUUGAGCGGUCCGCUCUUUCUGACUGUAAACAAAGCCGUUCUCCACCUCCUCUAACCUGAUUGGUUGUGAGGCAGACGCUGCUCCCCCGUGUCGUUCAGGAGCCCAAACAAAGUUAGCGUGCUACAAUAUCGGACAGUAGAAACCAACCAGAAAGUUCGGAAAAUUGUCUGAAUCCUCCUUUGGCCAUGACUGCCGACACAAGCAAGAAAACACUCAAACAUAAACAGUCAGCAAGAAAACAGUCAGCAAGAAAACAGUCAACAAGAAAACAGUCAACACCAAAACAGUCAACACCAAAACAGUCAACAAGAAAACAGUCAGCAAGAAAACAGUCAACACCAAACCGGUCAUCAGGAAAACGGUCAAUACCAAAACAGUCAACAAAAAACAGUCAGCAAGAAAACAGUCAACCAUAAACAGUCAACACCAAAACAGUCAACAAAAAACAGUCAACAAGAAAACAGUCAACCACAAACAGUCAACACCAAAACAGUCAGCAAGAAAACAGUCAACACCAAACCGGUCAACACCAAAACAGUCAACAAAAAACAGUCAGCAAGAAAUCAGUCAACAAGAAAACAGUCAACCAUAAACAGUCAACACCAAAACAGUCAACAAAAAACAGUCAACAAGAAAACAGUCAACAAGAUAACAGUAAACAAGAAAACAGUCAGCAAGAAAACAGUCAACAAGAUAACAGUCAACAAGAAAACAGUCAACCACAAACAGUCAACACCAAAACAGUCAGCAAGAAAACAGUCAACACCAAAACAGUCAACAAAAAACAGUCAGCAAGAAAACAGUCAACUAUAAUCAGUCAACAAGAAAACAGUCAACUAUAAACAGUCAACACCAAAACAGUCAGCAAGAAAACAGUCAACCAUAAACAGUCAACACCAAACCGGUCAAAAAGAAAACAGUCAACACCAAAACAGUCAACAAAAAACAGUCAGCAAGAAAACAGUCAACUAUAAUCAGUCAACAAGAAAACAGUCAACUAUAAACAGUCAACACCAAACCGGUCAAAAAGAAAACAGUCAACAAGAAAACAGUCGACAAGAAAACGCUGCUCCCCCGUGUCGUUCAGGAGCCCAAACAAAGUUAGCGUGCUACAAUAUCGGACAGUAGAAACCAACCAGAAAGUUCGGAAAAUUGUCUGAAUCCUCCUUUGGCCACGACUGCCGACACAAGCAAGAAAACAAAGUAAAUACCGGAGACUCUGGAGGAAUAACGGGCGCUUAAAACGGAGGUAGACCGGACAAGAGCUAAAAAGCCGGGUCAACAUCAACCAUGGGGGACGCUUGGGGAUCUUGGUGACCCUGUAACCUUUCUGCUGGACAGGUAAACCGCUUUAACAAAGUAAGACAAGUGUCUGUAACAGAAGUGUUUCUUGUCAAACGGACCUGCUGUAGCGUGUUGUAGCGCCAUCGCUAAACUGUCCUCCCUCGGGUCCUGGACUAUGUCACUUUAUCCUCGUUGUAGAAGUCCUGCAAACAUUGUGUUUGCUGGUAGUCUGUUGGCAUCUACAGUAGCACCAAUGCUUUUGACUUUCACCUUGACUGGGCCCCAUUUGUAAUGAUCUGAAGGAUUUAUCUGCAUUAUAUCUGAAUUUAAUUGGAACGAUACGAGCGAGCAGGAGCGUCUGUUUGUGGGCGGGGCUUGAGGGGAGGAGCUGAGGGGAAAACUGGUUGGGAGGGGUAGAGUUUACAUUCAAGAUUUCUCCUAAAAACUGGAACUAACUCAGAUCUUUAAAGUGUGAAUGUGAACAGAGUGAUGAAGAGGAAACAGCUGAGGCUUCAUGAGAGAAAACUCAAGAUGUUCUUUUGAGUCACAAACUUCAGUUUCAUUUAAUCAGAGUGUAAUCUUCUUCGCCACGUGACACAGAUUAGAGAUCCGCUCUGGGCAGUUCGCCUCCGAUGAUGAUGAUGCUGUGAGCUUCAGUCAAACUCACCAAAGUGAGGGGGAGGAUCCUGGAUGGUGAAAGGGUGAAGGAUGAGAGGAGAGGAGGUGAGGAUGGAGGGAUGUGAGGGGGCUGGAGUGAAACCAAAAUAAACGUGAUGAAGAGCGUAAAGACGAGAAGAACUCUGCGUCUUUAUCGUCAGGACAGAGAAAACCUCCUCACAGCUGCUCUGAGGACCCAGAGUCUGAAUUAUUCAGUCGGUCGAGUUUACUGAGAAACUCUAAACCGCCUCCUCACAAAGGUGUCAGUGACUCACACACCUGAACAGCUGUUUGUGUUUGGGUCUCCAUUAAUGAAGACAAACGGUUCAUCUAUCGUGUCAACGGGUCCUCAUGGUUUCAUUUUCCACGCCGCUCUCCUGUUCCUUGACCUCGUCACAGUCAUGCUCUUACUAUUACCCAGCAGUCAUUGCAGUUUUCAUCCUGCUGCCAAAAUCAGGACUUUUCCUCAUUUUUCCAGAGAUGUUCCUGAUGUUAAGAUCAGGAUCAGCUGAUGAGCUGAGGUUUAUCUGAUUCGUUGUUCAUUCAUGUUCGUCUUUUAAAAUCCGUCUUAAAACGUCUCGAAGCGCGUCGCUGAGAUUUCUCUGAGACGGUGUAAUCCUCCUCCUGACGUUUUCUUCUGCACCAUAAAAAAUCAAUCACUCAGAUGAUUUCUUCAGGAAGGACGUGAACAUCCAGAUUUUAAAAGGACGCAGUAGAGCUGCACGAUUUUGGCCAAAGAUAUAAUCCUGAUUUUUUUCUCUGAAAACUCGAUUUUUUUAUUUUUUAUUCAGUGAUAACUUCAUCAAACUUCACUAUAAAAUAUGUAUUUUUUUCUAUCUUCUCUCAAAACAAUGUAGUGCAUAUGCCAAGUCAGUAAGUGGCGCUGUAACAACGAAGAAGAGUACAGAGCAUGUGUAUAAAGGUUGUUUUGUUUUGGCGCCAUAAAAGAGUUACUCUGUGUGUCACAUGAUCGUUUCCAGAGAUCCAGAUAGACAUCCACACGGAGAUGAAAUGGUCGUUACUGACCUGUUUUCAAAAAGUACCGUUUACAGUCACCUGAAACGCCGAUACGACAAAAAACUUCCAAAAAAAUUCCUCCUGAAUUUGUUUCCAUGGUGACGGGUUGAUCCCGCCUUCAGACAGACUUUACAGCGGGGAGUGGUUUACUCUUCAUCUGAAACUGUGAAGUCGUACCAAUUCAACACGACUGACUCGCUCUUGUCCUAUUUAACCACGAAAUUAUCGCCUUCUUUAGGAAACGCCAUGUUUGUUUACACUGGUGUGUGUGGGAACUGGAGGAAGGGGGAGGAGCCUACGGUGGCCUGGAGGCGUGAGACAUGAUAGAGAGGAAAAUCAAUUUUAACAUCGUCAUAAUGAAAUAAUCUGAUUAUGAUUUAAAAUCGAUUUAUCGUGCAGCCCUAGAACGCAGAGAAACGCCCGCUCACUUCGGCCGCGUCGUCAGUUUCCUUAAAUUUUAGUCUUUUCAGUAAAAACCAACAGUGUGAAUAAACUGAACAUCACACCACGGUUUGAUUUUAAGGAUUUUGUCUCAAUGAUGGAGGGAAGCUCAGAAUAAAAGAGGCGCUACAGACCAUAUCAGUGGUGGGAGGAGUCCCAGCAUGCUCUGUGUUGGCUGCCAGGGUAAAAAAAGAUGUCCGCCCACACCGCCACCAGUCUGAAAGUUUCACAAAAACACAGAUAAUUAUGAUGAAACCGAGUAAAACUGUGUUGAAUUGACUCCUGCUGCUGCUGUCCCCACAUCCAUGAUGAACAUCUUUAGAAGGUCGUUUGUGUUUCCUGCACCUCCGUCUCCAUCCUCACCGUCUCCUCCUCCUCUCCUGUCCAGAUGACACGGUGUCGGCCAGCAGUAACAUGGACAUGGAGGACCGAGUCUCCCACCUGGAGCAGAAGCUGCAGCUGCAGGAGGACGAGAUCCAGCUGCUGAAGGCCGCUCUGGCCGACGCCCUGCGCAGACUGGGAUACUGCGAGGAGCACAGCCUGGGGACGACACCAGGAGGCGCUCACGCUGCAGGGAGGAGAUCUCUGGCCUCCACAGCUUCAGCUCCUCCCACUAAAGGUGAGCGAGGAGGAAAACUCUGUUGGAACAGAAACAGUUCAAUCGUUCAUGAUGAUCUCUAACCUCCUCUUUUCCUGAUUCUUCUCUCCUCCAGUCCGUCAGCUCCUGCAGGCUCUUCCCUCCAGACCUCUGAGUAACGGCUACAUCCAACAGAAACGCCUCCUCUCCUCCCCCUCGUCUCCGAAGAAGGAGGUGCUGCAGUCCAUCAAGAGGUACGAAAACAAACAGAAACAACAAACAGACUCUGAGAAGUUGUUUUUAUUUUCUCUUUAAGCCACGGGGACUGAGCGGUGAUGAUGGAGACGAAUAUUUAAGACUAAGAAUAAAUGUUGGAAAUAUGAAUUUAUUAAAGUUCUGAAUUAAAAGUUUGUCUUCUUGGAAAAUGAAGUAGAAACACCUGAACACACACACACACACACACACACACACACAGGUUUGUCCUCAUGGUCUCGUCCUCUGUAGGAAGAGCAUGUCCACAGAGCGCCUCACCCUGGUGAGGAGGGAGAUGGGAGCGGAGAGUCGGAGUCGAACCACCUCGUCCAGCAGCUCCUCUGGAGGGAAAAGGUGAGAGGACGUCCAGAGUGACGGUGAAACUGUUUCCUGUCCUCCUCGUUUUGUCUGUAAGGAGCUCAGCAGAGAGAUUUGAGGAGGGGGUCAGGGUUCGAGGGGAGUUCAGUGGGUCACUGUGGACGGUUAUAAUGAGCGGUUAACGCUUUCUGCUGACUCUGGUGGAUGGAACUGAGUCUGAACUCACCGUGACGGUCAGAGAGAGAGAGACAGAGAGACACAGAGAGAGAGAGAGAGAGAGAGAGAGAGACAGAGAGAGAGAGAGAGAGAGAGAGACAGAGAGAGAGAGAGAGAGAGACAGAGAGAGACAGAGAGAGACAGACAGAGAGGGAGAGAGACACACGUGUCCUCUGAGCGGAUCAGUUUGUCCUUUUUUACUGUCUCUGCUGAAGGACAGAUCAGGGUCUGAGGACGGUCUGAGGAGGGUCUCUGGUAUCAGGAGGAGUAAAGUGGAGGAUGUUGGCUGCCUUCUAUGAUCUCACCACUAGAGGUCACUGAACUGAACACACUCCUAAUAAAUUCACAAUUAGUAAAAAAUGAUUCAGUAUUUAACUUUACUUCCUUUAUUUUCCUCAUUCUCUCCAUCUUUUCCUUCUCUAGAUUUAACUCCCUCUUUCUUUUGUUUUCCUUUGUUUUUUUCUUUAACAAUGUUCCUUAUCUCCUUUCCUUUCUUUUCUUUCCUUCCCCUCCCUCUUUUUCUUUCUUCCCUCCCCUCCUUUCCUUUCUUCUUCCUUCCUUCCUUUCCUUUCCUUUCCUUUCCUUUCCUUUCCUCUUCCUUCCCUCCUUUCCUUUUCCUUCUUCUCUUUCCUUUCCUUUCCUUUCCUUCCACUCAUUUCUUUUCCUUUUCCUUUCCUUUCCUUUCUUUCCUCUCCCUUCCCUCUUUUUUCCUUCAUUUACUUUUCUUUCCUUUCCCCUUCCUUCCCCUCCUUUCCUUUCCUUUCCUCCUCCUUCCUUCCUCACCUCUCUCUCUCAUGUCUUCCUGCUGACUGACUACAUUUUCAGUCCUACUCAGUAAAAGGGGGUGUGGUUUGUAAAGGGGGUGUGGUUGUAAAGGGAGUGUGGUUGUGAAGGGGGUGUGUGGUUGCCUAGCAGAGGGGAGGGGUUUCCCGGUAAGGAAGUGUGCUCUGAUUGGCUGUGUGCGUCCUCAGGCUGAGUUAAAAGUUUGCAGAGUGAAGGAGGAAGUGGGUGUGUUGCUGUGUCUGUCAGACGGGUCAGAUCCGCUCAGACUGCUCCUCUCUGCUCCUCUCUGCUCCUCUCUGUUGACUGUUACUCUAACGGAAACCUGCAGCCAUGAAGAGAUCCUCCAGGUAAACAUCUGAUCAACUUCUACAUAUGAGAGACUUUAGACCAGAGGAGGAGCUCAGAGGCAGAAACAGGCUGGUGUGUGUGUUUGUGUGUGUUUGUGAGCAGGAGGAGUUUGUGUGUUUUUCCUGUGUUUCCAUGUUUGCAUGUUUUGUUUCAGUCGGAGUUUGAUUUGUUGGUGUCAGCUGGUUUCAAAGAUGAGGAGGAGGUUUUCUGCUCGAAACGGUCAGAUUUAUAAGUAGGUUAAAGUUUCAUAAUGAAACCGUCUGUGGUUUGGUGUUAAACACGUCCAGACUUCCCCGUCUCUCCUGUCUUUACUUCCUGAACCAUAAUGAUGAUCAGGAUCAGUCUUUGAGGUCCAGCUGCAGACAGCCACAGGACUUCUCUGCUGGUUUAUGAAAGUCUGUCGUCACGCGAGCUGUUUGAAGUGUGUGUGUGUGUGUGUGUGUGUGUGUGUGUGUGUGUGUGUGUGUGUGUGUGUGUGUGUGUGUGUGUGUGUGUUUCCUUGUCAACAGAGCCGCUGCUGCUGCUGCUGCUGCAUGGUUACAUGAACACACCAGAGAGGUUAGAGGAUCAGAUGAAAACACAGAAACUCAAAUUUAUAGAGUUUAGAUCAGAAAAAAGUUUAAAAGUUUUUAAAGUUUUAAACAAACAGAGAAGGAGAGAGGAGUGGGCCGGACUUUAAUAUGUGAAGAAAAAACUUUAAUUCAAACUCUGAUGAAGUGUUCAUGUCUCUCUUUAGAUUCUCUCAGACUGUUUUUAUUUCUCAUUCCUGAUCCUUUAACCUCGUUUCUGACUUUUCAUCUUAAAAAUGAUGAAAGUAAAGAAAACUGUCAGAUUAGAGACGAUCAAACCCGAAGUAUCAGGACUCAGGUGUGACUCUGCGCUCAGCUGAUGGAUCAAUCGUAUAGAUCUGAUCUGACUGCAGUAUCAGGAGGAUCACAGAGAUGGUCAUGUGGAACAAACUGUUCCCAGAGAGGCCGGUGCAGCAGCAGCAGCAGCAGGGACUCAUGAAACCGUCAGAGAUUCUGCUCCGCCUGCAGAUUCUCUGACCACAUUGAUCCGAGGUCCUGCUUUACAUGCAUCAAACAUAACGACCGCCGCUCUGCAGGAUGGAGGAGGGAGGGAGGGACGCAUUUAUGCAGCACGAAGAUGAAGUUAUAAAAAAAGAGAAGAAACUAAGAGAAGAGUUAGUAGAGAAGAUUAUGACCCCGAACAUGAAGAAGAUCUGAGUUGAAGCUCUGAAUUUAUGCAAAGAAGAAGAAAAGACUUCAUGGUCACUCUGUCUCUGUUUCUGUUUCUGUUUCAUGGACUUUAGUUUAGAUAGAAACUCAUUUAUAUAAGAUUUUGUCUCAAACAGUUUCUUAAUAAACCAAAUAAGGUUAAAACAUUUUCUCAACCUUCCCAACUCUCUCCAUCUCUCUCUCUCUCUGUCUCUCUGUCUCUCUCCCUCCCUCUCUCUCUCUCUCUUUGUGGUGUUUCACCAUCACAGCCUCAUGUUCGUCUUGUCAAACAGUUUCCAGUCUCUUCAUGUUUUCAGUCCAUUAACUGACCCGCCGCCGCCGCCGCAGUGCCGCAGUCAUAAUGGAGCAGGAAAUGGACGCACUCUUGACCAUAAUUCCCACAGCUCCCACACAACCCGCCCAUCUCCUCCACGCCUGCAUCACUUUACACACGAGUGGGACCGAGUCAGACUCAAGAUUUCUGCUACAGAAACACGAGAUUUAGAUUUUAACAAAGUCUCCUUAAUGGUUUAAACUGCAAAUUCAACAGAUCAUGUUUGCAGAUUUAAGAGUGUGGAGUGAAAAUUAAACAACAGAAGAAGAAUUAAAGUCCUUCAGAGGCCGUCCUGGUUUUUUAACGGUUAAUUGGAUUAAAUGUAGAACAGUAAACUGAUCUGUGCUGAUAAUAAAAACAACAUCUAUAAGUUCAGAGUUUAUUCAUGAACCUCUGGACGCCCUCUCUCUCUCUCUCUCUCUCUCUCUCUCUCUCUCUCUCUCUCUCUCUCUCUCUCUCUCUCUCUCUCUCUCUCUCUCUCUCUCUCUCUCUCUCUCUCUCUCUCUCUCUCUCUCUCUCUCUCUCUCUCUCUCUCUCUCUCUCUCUCUCUCUCUCUCUCUGCUCACGUUUAUCUGACCUCGGCUUCAUGAAGUGAUUUUGUUAAACUGACAGUUUGCAGAUCAGCAGCUCUGUCAGUCCAGUUUAAAGACCUGGACCAGAUCCUGACCCCUGCUGAGCACAUUAGAGUGUCUGCUGCUCCUGUCCCCAUCACCUCAGCUCAGAGGAGAGUCUGUUCAGCUUCUGCAGAGAGGAGUUUUAUUCAGACUGAAAAGGUCAGAAACUUCAGGGAGGGAGAGUCUGGAGCUCUGGAGCCUCUUUUUUCUGCUCAUUAGUCCUCAUUGUGAUUUUGAGCGUAGGCAGCGAAAACGUCAACAUUCCCGUCAGAGCCGCAUGCUAAUGAGCGCGCUCUGUUUGUGCGCUCCUCUCCCCGGCGACCAGGACUGCAGCCACACGGGCUGAACAUGCACAGUUAUGCGCCCUGUUUGGCUGUAAUUACUGAGCCUGAAACUCUCCUGUUUGCUCAUUGGCUAAAACUCGACCACACCUCAUCUCCCCCUGCAGACACACACACACACACACGCACAUGUACAAACACAGACACACACACAGCUGAGGAGACAAACAGGCCUUUAUGUGGCUGCUUUAAAAGAGUCCGGUCGCCUCCAGCAGAGUCGGGUCCUCUGAUCCGCUCCUGUUUGCUCUGGUUUUCGGUCGUCUUUUAUUCAAACACAGAGAGAGAGAGAGAGAGAGCGCUCUGACCUUUUAGGAUCAGGGAGAAUCAGGAGGAUAAAGGAGACUUCCUGUGAAUCUGCUCACAGGUGACUCCCUCUAAAACAAAUGUCAGGACACGCUCGUUCAUCCUGGAGCUGGAAGGAUUUUUUCUAAACAAACAACUUUAGUUUACUUUCAGUUUCAGUCGAAUAAUCUGAAUGAAGUCGAACAAAUAUGAGACAGAGGCGGCUUCACUCAGAGGUCCUCUUACUGGUCCUUUAGAUGCUGCAGAGUCCUGGGAGGUGCUGUUGUUGCCUCAGAAAUGAGGUCCUAAAUCUGCAGCCUGUGGGUCUGCAGUCACAUGUGUUUAUAAUCGAUCAGUCGUCUGUGAAUCAUCAGUGAGGCCAAAACUCCUCCGGGUUCACAGAAAUAAAGUCACAUUUUAAUAUUUUCGUCACGUCUGUUUCAGUUUUUAAAACUGUGACUGUUUUUUUUUUUCACUUUCUUUAAUCUGAACUCUACGGCGGCCGAGAACCGCCACUGCUGCAAAUAAAAAACAGAAUGCAAUAAAAUAUGGAAACACAAUGGAAGUUACUGAUGCAAGACAAAAAAGGAACAGUGCAGAUUAAAAAAAAGCCACAACAGAAGUGAACAAAGCAACAAAAAAAAAAGUUACUUACUGCAAAAAUAAAAGGUUGCAAAUAAAAAAAGCCACAACAGAAGUGAACAAAGCAACAAAAAAAAAAGUUACUUACUGCAAAAAUAAAAGGAUGCAAAUAAAAAAAGCCACAACAGAAGUGAGCUGCUAUUUUCGCAGUAAGUAACUUUUAUUUAUUUUUUUUAUUUGCAGCAGUGGCGGUUCUCGACCACCGUAGAACUCUAACGUUGCCGGACACAAACUGCUGAACAUUGAGACACAGACACUCAUGCCAUCAAACCUCACACUGUUGCCGUGGUGACGUCCACCUGUCAGCUGAGGCAGCCGUUCACCUCUUGAUUGGAUGACAGUGUCAGGAUGGUUUAAGCGGUCAGCACGCAGCAGGGGUUCUGAUUGGUUGACAGGUGGCUGAUUCAGGAGCAGCUGAUGAGGCGGCUGCAGGUUUGAUUGACAGGUCAGAGGAGGCGGACCCCUGAGGUCUCAUCCAGCGUUGUUUUCUCAUCCUCAGCUCUUCUGUGAGACUGUGUGUCUUUGUCAUGUGUGUGUUUGUGUGUCUUUGUCAUGUGUGUUUGUGUGUCUUUGUCAUGUGUGUGUUUGUGUGUCUUUGUCAUGUGUGUGUGAACAUGAACUCUGUUUGACGAGCUGUCAGGACACACAGAUCAUCACACCUCAGUGUUUGCUGACUCACUCUUCGCCCGCCUGUCUGUGUGUUCAAGAGUUUAAGGUUUAAAUCUCCUCUUUCACACUCAGAGCAGGAGUUUAACUAACAUCAUUCAAGAGGUUGAAAAAUUAGAAUUAAUACUGAUCAUGUUUUCACCGUCUGAAGGGAAAAACUCCAGAUUUAACUUGAUUUGGACUCGAUUAAAAACACUCGAACUGUUUGAGUGAAUGAACUCUAAUUUCCCUGAUGAGAACUUUAAUUCACUUUAUUGGUGGGAUGAAUUAAACGACUACAAACCGCUCUGAUAUCCUGCAGCCGCCGAGGCUCAUGGGACUGAAGCUCUCCUGCAGCCUCUCAGAUCUUGAUGACAGAGAUUAUUUUUUAUUUCACACCUCGGCUCUAUGAAAAGAUCUCCCUCUUCAGUCUCUCUCUCUCUGUUUGCAUGAGAGACGGUUAGAAAAAGGACCUUUUCUCCGAGCAGCUGCAGAGAUCUGGAUCUGCUCUCUGGACUCUGUCGUCUCCAAUAAAAACUGUCCUGAUUAGAUGAUGCAUGUUGUUUGUGUUUCUGCUGACGGAGCGCUGCAGCUCUCUCUCAGACGGUGCUGCUGUGAGUGAUGAAGAGGAGGAGGAGGAGGGAGCCGCCUGUAAAGAAAAGGAUAAAUAAUGCAGGAUCUUAUAGGGAGGCAUGAUGUCAUGGAUACAGUUUCAGAGACCUUCUGUUUGUUGGUGCAAGACAACACCUCAGCCCGCCUUUUGUUCCAUCGUGGUCCACAGUCACGCCCUCGUUCUUCUCAGUUUGUCACAUUUGAAUAAUUUAGUGUUUCUCUUUUCUUAUCGUUUCAGCAAAUCCAAAGAAUGUACCCUCAACGCAGGUGAGCACGCUUACAUGAACUUCCUAAAAACUGUUAGAUAGCAGCAUGACCUUCACCACAUUCACUCUGGAGCUAUACAGGAGAAGAACCAGGUUUUCUGCAGCAGAAUCAGAAACAUAGAACCUCCUGAGACGUCUAAAGGAGGAAGUCUCUGCAGCACAGAGCUGAGACACAGUUACAGUUAGAUUUAUGGUUUUAUGACGUGUUCAUGGCGCUCUUCCCAAAAUCAACAAAGAGCUUUUAGCGUCUAAUCCAAACCAAACAGAUUUAACAUGAGAGGAACCUGAAAACAACAAAUAUGAGCAGCUGUCAGAGACAAAGUUCAGGUUUGAUGUUUGUGUUUCAGACCGCAGGAGUUUCUAUUCUCUCAGUAAAAACUCAGAGAAUAGACUCUAAUCACACCUGAGAGGUUUAGUUCAGCUGCUGGUAUCAAAUAUUCCUCCUUUUUAGUCAGAGAAACAGCUGGACCACAUUUGUAGGUAAUUCAAUGUUCUGAAAGAGAAACUUCAGACUUGAUUUGUGGAGGAUCCAGAACCAUAAAUGUCUCUGAAGAGUCAACUUUAGACCCGAACCCUCUGCGUUGUUUGUUUCUGCAGCGAGUCGCUCACCAACAAUCCUGCAGAAACUUUGAGCAGCUGUUAGAAAUUAAAGUAAUGACAGAGCAGCUUCAGCUUCAGUCAGACAAACAAAGUUUCAACAAAGUCAUGAAGGAGUUUCAACUUCCUCUAAACUAAAGAAGAAGAAGAAGAAGAAGAAGAUCAUUCCUUCACUCCUCUGCUGACGUGUCGACUGUUUAAAGUCAAACUCAUGAAUGAAAACGUUUUCAAACAUGAAACUUUUCAGAAUCAGUUUAAUCUACGCUCUCUCUCUUUCUCUCUCUCUUUUUCCCCUCUCUCUCUAUCUCUCUCUCUCUUUCUCUCUCUCUCUCUCCCCGUCUCUCCAGAGGACGGCUACGUGCGAAUGUUUCUCCGAGGUCGUCCGGUCACCAUGCACAUCCCUGACCAGCAGAGGGACAGCUACAGCCUGGACCAGAAGGUGGCGCUGCCUGACCACAAGCUCAAACUGCAGUGGGUGUAUCCUUCAGAGAGUCGAACCUUUGACCUUCAGCGUGAUCAACAUUCAGAGUUAGACUGAAAAGAUUCUCCGUCUGAGACGUCACAGUUAUCAGAUUAAACUCUUAGCGGGUGAAAAUCUGAUGAAAUGUCAGAAAAUAAAUCUGAGAGUUCAGCUGCAGGUUUUCACAAUAACUGAUAAACAGUGUGGAUAUAUAGAUCUAGAUAGUGAAAAUAUAUAGAUCUAGAUAGUGUAGAUAUAUAGAUCUAGAUAGUGAAGAUAUAUAGAUCAAGAUAGUGAAGAUAUAUAGAUCAAGAUAGUGUAGAUAUAUAGAUCUAGAUAGUGAAGAUAUAUAGAUCAAGAUAGUGUAGAUAUAUAGAUCUAGAUAGUGAGAUAUUUCCAGUCAAACAAAGUUCGUUCCUGAACUCCAGCGUGGAUCAGGUACGGCUACCGUGGGCGGGACUGCCGCUCCAACCUCUACCUGCUGCCCACAGGUGAGAUCGUCUACUUCAACGCCUCCGUGGUCGUCCUCUACAACACCGAGGAGCAGCAGCAGCGACACUACCUGGGUCACAACGACGACGUGAAAUGGUGAGAGAUGAGAGGCGCCUGACCUUUUCCUGCGGCGUGUAAACACGUCAGUCAGAGAAACUGGUUUGAAGAGAGAAGCGAGUUUUCAUCGUUUUAGUUUGUUGAAAGUUUUAAACUCAUCAAACUGUCGUCUGUCAGCUUCUGUUUCCAUGACGAUGAUCCUCAAACUCCAAUAUUGACCUCCUGAUCGUCACUGACAGACUCACACAGCUGACCUCAUGUACGGCGUUUACUUUAUUCUGUAAACAAACUCAGUCCACAGAGGCAUGCUGGGAAAUCUCUUAGAAUGACGUCUCUUCUGCUUCCAUCUUUGAAAAUACAAAAACUGUCGUGACAAAGAAACAGGAUUUUAUGAAGAAAAUCAGCUGAGUCAGCGCUCUCUGUGGUCAUGAGUGUGAAGAAUCCUGUUUGUUAAAAUAAUCUGAAUGAAGUAAAAGAGUUUAUUUAUUUCUGUUCCCAGCCUGAGCGUGCAUCCUGACAUGGUUACCAUAGCAACUGGACAGGUGGCUGGAAACUCCAAAGAUGGAAAGGUAAGAAGAAAAACACGUUGGCGAGAGUUAGUGUGAGAUCUUUGAGGUCCAAUCAGAUCAGGAUUACAGACUUCUUUAAAGCUCCAGUCAGGAGUUUUUUAUUUGUUUAUGAAACAGACUGAAUGAGACCAUCGAGGAUGAGAGCGACCAGUUUUAAGAAGUUUUCAUCCUCACGAAAAUUAAGAGUUUCUAAAUCUGGCAGAAACAGAAUCCGUUGUUUUCAGUCUGAGUCCAGGGGCUCUUUUUCGUGCCUUGCCGGCAGCGUGGCGCGGGCGCAGCAUAAGUCAGAUCCGCCGUAUCGAUGAGGCGUGCCCAAGCGCACUUUGGUAUUUUGGUGAGCGGCGCAGCCCAACGUAAGUAUCCCCCUUCUCUGACUCAGCUCCUCCCAGUGGUGUACAUAGCAGAGAGGGAGGGGAGAAGGCGUGGAGUGGAUUUAACACAGCCGAGUUCUGUUUUCACCAAUCACAUCAGCUCCUCUCCUCACCUUUAAAUUCGCCACUGGCAGACAAAAAAUACCACUGCGCAGGGUGCGCCACUCUCCGCGGCGCCGCCAGCGGUCGGCACAAAAAUAGAGCCCCUGAUGUUUGAGUCGUGGUCUCUGAACCUCCUCUCUCUCUCUCUCUCUCUUUUGCGGUCAGCUCCUCGCUCCUCACGUCCGUGUUUGGGACUCCGUCAGCCUGAACACGCUCCACGUUCUGGGGAUGGGCGUGUUCGACCGUGCCGUCACCUGUGUGGCGUUCUCCAAGUCGGUAAGUGGUUAAAAAAAAACAACAAACACACCGUCAGACCGUCUGUCUGCGCCGUGAUUACCUCACUUCCUGUUUCUGACAGAAUGGCGGGACCUUCCUCUGCGCCGUGGACGACGCCAACGACCACAUCCUGUCGGUCUGGAACUGGCAGAAGGAAAAACAAGUGGCUGACGUGAAGGUACUCCUGACCUUUGACCUCCUGAACAGUUUUUUUUUCUCUAUAGCCGACAGACAGUGAGGUCCCAGCAGACUGGACCUGGUCCAGAACCAGGUUUUAACCGUGUCCCUGGUCCCCACAGUGCUCCAACGACUCGGUCUUGGCCGCCGUCUUUCAUCCCAUGGACGCCAACCUGAUCGUCACCUGCGGGAAAUCUCACCUGAACUUCUGGACCAUGGAGGGGAACACGCUGUCCAAGAGGCAGGGCCUGUUCGAGGUGCAGACCCCGCCCCCUACCCUCCUGGAGACCAUUUUGUUUUCUCCUGAAUGACUGAAGUCCCGGUCCGUAACCCUCCUCCUCUCCUCUCUCUGUAGAAACACGAGAAACCAAAGUACGUGUUGUGCGUGGCGUUUGCCGAGAACGGAGACGCCAUCACCGGGGACUCCAGUGGAAACAUCUACGUCUGGGCCAAAGGUGGGUCACAGCGGAUCCUGUAGUCCAGAUUUGGUCCGUUAAAACACGGCGUCUGAUUUCCUGUGUUUGAUUGACAGGUGGUAACCGCAUCACUCAUCAGGUGUCAGGCGCCCAUGAGGGCGGGAUCUUCUCUGUGUGUGUCCUGAAGGACGGCACCAUGGUGUCCGGAGGAGGAAAGGACCGUAAGGUGGUCCUGUGGAACCACGACUACAGGAAACAGGCGGAGAUGGAGGUGAGAGGAACCGCAGGAGCUGAUCCACCUAAAGAACUUCUGGUUCUGGUUCUUCUCUGUAGGAACUGUUUUGGUCCCUGUGGUCCACCGUUUCUUCUGUCUCUGGUUCCUCAGGUCGGAGAGUCCUUCGGUCCGGUCCGAGCUCUGGCUGAAGGUAAAACUGGAGAACUGUUUGUGGGGACCACCAAGAACGCCAUCAUCAGAGCGGCCUUCCCUGAAACCAUGACGCCUAUAGUCCAGGUACACACACACACACACACGCACACACACACACACACACGCUCAGGUGUUCAGCCUUAUGGUGGUCUCGUGUCUUCAGGGUCACACGGAUGAGCUCUGGGGUCUGGACGUUCACCCCUCCAUGGAGCAGUUUGUCACCUGCUCUCAGGACAGACAGGUCCACCUGUGGGACACCAACUCCCAUCAGCCCCUGUGGAGCAAGACCAUCGAGGUAAACAUCUCAGGAGACCAGGAGCUGGAUUUAGUUUGAUUCUUCCUGGACUCUGGUGGACCUCAUUGUCUGGUUGUUGUUGGUUCCUGGUUUUUAUGGGAUCCUUUUCUGGGUUUUGAGGGUUCUCGAUCUCUUUAUCUGGUCUCCUGUUGUCCUCAUCUGUCCUCUGGUCACCUUGAACCUUGAACCCUAAUGAGACUCUGGUCUUUGUUCUUCUCCAGGACCCGGGCAGGUCUGCAGGUUUCCAUCCCAGCGGGUCGGUUCUGGCCGUUGGGACCAUGACUGGAAGGUCGGUCUCACCAUAGAUAUGUAUUUAUAAAGGCUAGAUGUCUUACGUACUCUGUUAGCCAAUGGAGAUCGACAUCAUUCCAUGUUUGUUAUAUCGGUAAUAUUUCUAUUAAAGGGAUAACUAUAAUAACAUAUUAACAAUAACAUAUAUAAAUAUUUAUUUUCUAUAUAAAUUUCUGCCUCAUGUUUCCAUUUUAGAGGUUUUUAACAAACCAAACAGUUUAGAAAUCAUGAACAACUUCAGUUUUGUUGAAUCUAAAGAGCAUUUCUGCCUCUUUAACUGACGUAAAAUUACUGGGUCAACUUUGUGAUAUGGACUUCAGCUGAUAAACACGAGACCAUCCACAAAGACUGUCACUUAGACUGAAUAAACAGGGUCUUUAGUCUGGUCUGGAUCAGGACUGUUUUAAGGGUCUGUGGUUUUCGCUGUAGGUGGUUGGUGCUGGACACCGACACCCGGGAUCUGGUCUCUAUGCACACUGAUGGGAACGAGAUCAUCUCUAAUGUGAAAUACUCUCCAGGUGAGUCAGAACCGGAUCAGGUUCUGGUCCUUCAGAUCCUCCAGAGACCGCUCUUGUGGGUUAAAUCCUCUUUUUCCUCCUCAGAUGGAAACUUCCUGGCCGUCGCCUCCCACGAUAACUUUGUUUACAUCUACGCCGUGACGGAGAACGGACGCAAAUACAGCCGAGUGGGGAAAUGCUCCGUGAGUCCGGACUUCGUUAACCCUUUAACUUCAGUCAGGGUCCAGGUUUUUCUCCUAACAACCAGAACUCCUUUUUCAGGGUCACUCCAGCUUCGUCACCCACCUGGACUGGUCCUCAGACAGCCAGUUCCUGGUCACCAACUCAGGAGACUACGAGAUCCUCUUCUGUAGGUCCUCCUCACUUUAAUUAUGAACAUCAUCGCUCCUCCUGAAAUAUUGAUGGACCUUAAAAAACGAGUAUCUGUCUUUGUUUCCUUCAGGGGAGGCGUCCACAGGGAAACAUGUGACCAACAUGGACUCGGUGAGGAACCUGGAGUGGUCCACCUACACCUGCACUCUGAGCUUCAGCACCUUCGGUAGGUCUGUGAAGACUCACCUGAGAUCUUCUACCUGAGAGGUUUCUCUGAGCUUCAGCAGGUGUCUCCUCAAAUAUCUGCUGUUAUUUUUAUAGUUGUUUUAUUUUUCCAGACUUUUAUUUCUGCUGAUGAACUUUUUUAAACUUUAUAAUUUUAAUAACAUGAUUUUUUAUCUCGUUGGUGUUGGUCUGCUGUCGUCUUCUCUGACUCCUUUUUUAUGUUUUUGUCUCUUUUCUUUUUUUUAGUCGUUUUAACAAACUCUGAGUUUUUCAUUCGUUAGUUUGGAGGAUUCUGCAGAAUAAUAAAAUUUGACUGAUUAAUUUUAGAUUUGCAGCUCGAGGAUUUAUUUUAAAAUGACAGCUCAGCUUUUCACUGCAGCCUGAACAUGAAUCUUAAUGUCUCUCUCUCUGUGUCUCUCUCUCUCUCUCUCAGGAAUUUGGCCGGACGGCGCGGACGGCACCGACAUCAAUGCGGUGUGCAGGUCACAUGACGGCUCCCUGCUGGCCUCUGCUGACGACUUUGGCAAAGUGCACUUGUUCUCCUUCCCCUGUUCUCAACCAAGGGUCAGUGAGACUCACACAGGAACUCUCUGAUCCUCCAUCAUCAGGGCGUUCGUGUGCAGAGCUGAAAACUUUCUACAAGUUUGUUUUUGUUUUUUAAGACCUGAAACCAUCGAGCUCUUUAUCCUAACAAGAAACUUUGUUUAGUUUGACUCAUUUUCAGAUAAUCAAGGUUGAAUUUAGUCUAAUGUUGCUGAUUGAUUCGAGGUCUGACUAAAGAAAUCUUAAAUCCUUCUGUAAAAGUUCGUCUUUCAGUGUUUGUGAUGCCGUCUGCAAACACUGACUUUGUUCGACUUAAAUUUCGUUAUUUUAGACCGUAAACAAAUGGAUUAAAAAUCAUCCAGGGACAAUAAGAAAGACGAAUAAAAGCAGGGAGACUUUGUCCUAGCUUUCGUCUGUAACCCCAAAUUUCCACCGCAUCUGGAACGGCAGCAAAAAUGGCGUCAGCACCAAUCGUAGCUGAUCGUAACCAUUCAAGUUAACGUGUCAAUUUACACCUUUUCAAAAUAAAACAUCCGGCUUCUUUUCAAAAUAAAACACUCCGUGUUUCAGGAGGAUCGUAUUUCACACCAUGCAAACGGGCGGAGACGAACAAGUGAAAGGUUUUUAGACGUCAUUUCACCCCGAUGACACCAUGGAUGAGGAGAUGCUGAUUCUAGAAGUCUAGAAGUAGAUUUCCUCCUCUGGAAGGACACAAUCUACUGCUUAUAUGUCUAUGUGUCUGUCUUUAUAGAGACAACUCGUUAUUGCAUGAUUGCGUGUGAAUUUGCGGGUUCUCGUGAGUUCUCGCCACAAAAUUCACCUCACAAACUUUCCGGUAUUUGGCGGACGGUGAAAAUUGCCGCCGUUUCGCAGCGUUGCCGUUCUGAUGCGGUGGAAAUUGAGGUUAAGUGUCAGACAGAAGUUCUUUUCAGCAGUUUUCUUUAUUUUUUAAAAACAUUUCAAAGUUUUUUUCACUUUUUUAAACAUUUUUCUGUCGAUAACUUAUAAAAGAGAGAGUCCACAUCUAAAAAAGGAACUGUUAAAUAUGUUUUAAUUAAAUUAACCUUCAAUUAGACCUGAUGUAACUCUUUUUAACCAUUUCCUGUUUCCCGUUUUCAGGCUCCGAGCCACGAGUACGGUGGCCACAGCAGUCACGUGACCAACGUUGCCUUCCUGCACGACGACAGUCACAUGAUCUCCACUGGCGGGAAAGACACCAGCAUCCUGCAGUGGGUGGUUGCCUAGGCAACCGUCUUCGAUCCUCACAGACAGGGACCAGCCUCCUCUCUGACACCGUCACCUCUCACUGUUCUGUCUUCCUGCCAGCAGGGGGCAGUCUCACUCCUCCGUGCCUACUGGAAAUCUGAGUCGAACACAGACGCCACCCUCUCUGCUGUCAUAGAAACCUCCUGUCCUGCUGUUUGUGAUAGAAUGUAGAGAAAAUCGAACCCCGGCUCGGCUGGUGACCUCCUCACAGUGAAGCUGCGGCUUUAGCGUCAGUCCUGACCGUGCCUGAACUCUGUAUUUAUCUUCUUCAGCCCCUUUAACGAAGGAGGAGCGUCGAGUCUGAGUCCAUCUUAUUUAACAUUUCAAAAUAAUAAUCAAGUAUUUCACACACCGGGGACGUCAGUGUUAGAAUCAGCCGUUAUUUUACUCCAUAAAUGUGAUUCUUAUUUUUUAAUUAGACUCUAAAGGGAAGAAAAAUAAACAACCUGAGAGGCUAAAAAAAGAAAAUAAGUUCAGAAAAAAAAUCUUCAACUGUUUCUCAGUCGAUGAAAAACUAAUUAGGGACCGUUCAGGAUUUACAGAAGCAUCCAGAGAGUCUGCAGACCCUCUGUGAACGUACACCCCUCUUCUCUUCAGCAAUACUAACAGCCUGAUGUGGUCACAGUGUUUUAUUUACUCUGAUUGUUGUCGUCGUCGUCUGUCAGGAUUCACUAACGGACCUGAAGGGGUUAAAAACAGAUUGUAUUGAAUUCUUUAAAUGGGUGUAAUGUCCCUUUAAAUCCCCCUUCAUAACCUGACUGCCUUGGUAACCGUCAUUAACAGAAGAUUGUAAUGGUCCCCCCCCCCCCCCCCCAUCAUGGGGCUGCUGUGUUAUCCUGGUACUACUGCUGUAACUGUGCUGAGUCGGCACUAGGUGGCGCUACAUUUCAAAGAAUGAGCAUGACUGCGGCUGCCCUCCGUCUGUAGAUGCUGUUCCUGUUGCAAAGGUCUAUAGAGUUAAUAUAAUAAAUGUAAUAUGCAGUAUAUAUAUAUAUAUCCAAGUGGCUGUGUGAUCUAUUUAACUUUAUCGAACAUGGAUGUGAUCAAUAAUAAUAAUUAAUAAUAAUAAUAAUAUUGAUGAUUCUUCUCGUGGCACUUUUAGUGAUCGACUGAAGGCUAACGUAGGCUGCUGUGCUGUGAGCUUGAGCUUCGCCUUCUUCUGUUUUGUUAAUAAAGUUUUUACCCAAGUACUCCUCAAUCCAGA